CAGUCUACUCCUCACCAAACCCGGCAACCGACGAGAUCAACCACUGCCACGAGCGCGAGGAUAGCGCGCGCGCGCACGAGCACUACGCCAUCCUUUGAAUUGAUCGAAAAACAAAGUCUAGUGUACCGGCGGUAGAGCAUCUCGAAUGGCAUCAUGGUCCGAUUCGAAAUCUCGGUCAAAUCCAGGCGGAUUUAAUCGCUAAUUACACCGUCGUCCUCCCCCGACACCCGGGGGGAGCUGCUGCCGCUUACGCGAGUCCACGUGAGGAGACCACGGACGGAUCGCCCGACCGGCCGGCCGCCGCCGCCGCCGCCGAGCGGGAGCAUGGGCGGCACGGCCUUCGACUUCGAGUUCAAGAGGGACGCGUAUGGAUUCGCGGUGCGGCCGCAGCAUCUGCAGCGUUUCCGCGAGUACGCCAAGAUUUACAAGGAGGAGGAAGAUGAGAGAGCGCAAGUAUGGAAGGACUUCUUAGACAGAUUGGCUGACUCUGAGGAUUUCCCCACCACAGCCAGCAUUUCCCCGUCGACACACGAUCCUGCUGCCGGAGAUGGUGAUGCAGGUGAUGAAAGUGCAGAAAAGAGAGUCAAUGAAGCUGAAAGUGCAGAAAAGAGUGACAAUGAAGCUGAAAGUGCACAAAAGAGUGUCAAUGAAGAAGAGAAUGGAGCCGAAAAUGCAGAGAACAGCAACAACUUGGAGGAUUUGAAGGAAGUUCAGGAAGUCAGACAAGUAAAUGGUGAGCCGGAAGAUUUUAACGGCGAGACUAGCAACUUGGAAAAACUGAAAGAGGACAGCAAUAGCAGUGAGGCAAACUGUGAUGAAAAGGAAGAAGAGGAUGAAGCUGCAGGAAGUAACGCCAAGUUGGAACAUGUGGAAGAAGUUGAUGGCAACGAUGAAUCCAGAGAAGCAAAUGGCAACGCAGAAGAUUCCAAAAAUGAUGUGACUGGCAACUCAGAAAUACUGAAAGAGGAAGCUAGUGCAGACUCUGAAGAAUUGAACAAAGCCUCUGAAGAAGUGAAGGAGAUGAUCCAGGGGUCUGAAGAAAUAAAAGACGUCAAUGGUGGUUCGGAAGAAUCUAAAGUUCAAAAAGAAGCUUUAAAUGGAUUGGUGGAAGGGAAUAAUGAUAACUUCGAAAAGUUCAAAGAGACCCCUUUUGACAAGGGGUUGUUGGAUGAACUGGAGCCCUUAAAAGUAGAGUCCUGGAAGCGGAUGAGGGCAUCACUCAGCAUCAUUGAGCAAAUGAUGUGCUCUCGGGUGGUGAGAAGAAAUGAUACCACAAAUGUCAUAUCUGGAAAGGUUGGGACACAGCUUUCUUCAAUUGAAGAAGAAAGGACAGUAGAAGAAAGCCAUGAAGGGGUUCCAGCAGAGGAGUCAUAUAAUGCAAAGAAGGAGGAUCGGUCACAGAAAGGGGCACCUGGUGCUUCGCCGAAUGGUACCUUGGAGGGAGUCAAUGGAGAGUCUUAUUUCCUUUGGAGGGAGGAGCUCGAGAGCUUGGUUCGUGGAGGCGUGCCGAUGGCUCUUAGAGGAGAGAUGUGGCAAGCAUUUGUGGGUGUUAGUGCUCGGAAAAUCAGUGGGUACUACAACAAAUUGCUAGAUGAGAAGACCGAUGUAUUGGAUAAAAAGGACCUUCCGGACCAAGUGGUUAAUGAACAGAAAAGUUCACCAAAAAAGCAUUCUAAGCCUGAGAAGUGGAAGGGACAGAUAGAGAAGGAUUUGCCUCGAACAUUUCCAGGACACCCUGCACUAGAUGAGGAUGGGAGAAACGCUUUGAGGCGGUUAUUAACAGCAUAUGCAAGGCAUAAUCCAUCUGUUGGAUACUGCCAGGCCAUGAAUUUUUUUGCUGGACUAUUUUUAUUGUUCAUGCCCGAAGAAAAUGCAUUCUGGGCCCUGGUGGGGGUGAUAGAUGAGUACUUUGAGGGUUACUACACAGAGGAAAUGAUUGAAUCACAGGUUGAUCAACUUGUUCUUGAGGAGGUCGUACGAGAAAGGUUCCCCAAAUUGGCCAAACAUACAGAUAUCUUGGGAGUGCAGGUGACAUGGGUGACUGGACCAUGGUUUCUUUCAAUUUUCAUCAACAUGCUUCCAUGGGAAAGUGUUCUUCGUGUUUGGGAUGUGAUCCUUUUUGAAGGAAAUCGUACAAUGCUGUUCCGGACAACGCUUGCUUUGCUGGACUUAUAUGGGCCUGCCCUGGUGACCACAAAGGAUGCUGGAGAUGCAAUUACAUUACUACAGUCUCUUGCUGGCUCUACCUUUGACAGCAGCCAGCUUGUAUUGACAGCUUGUAUGGGUUUUCAGUCAGUCAAAGAAAUGGGAUUGCGGGAGCUAAGAAAAAAGCACAGGCCAGAAAUUAUAGCUGCUAUGGAGGAGAGAUCAAAGGACCGUAAUUCCUGGAAAGAUAAGAAGGGACUAGCAACUAAACUAUAUAGCUUUAAACAUGACCCUUCAUCUGUAUGCCCACAAGUUGAUUCCAAGGAAGGGGCGGAUGGUUUGCAAGUAAAUGGGGAUUCUGGAUCAACCACCCUAGAAAACUACCUUACUAGUUCAGCAUUAGAAAAUGAGUUGGAUGAGGGUAUUGAUCUUCAAGAACAGGUAACAUGGCUAAAGAUUGAGCUGUGCAAGCUGCUUGAGGAGAAAAGAUCAGCUGAACUCAGAGCUGAGGAGCUGGAAACUGCUUUAAUGGAAAUGGUCACGCAGGACAAUAGACGUAUGCUGAGUGCUAAGGUUGAGAAAUUGGAAGUAGAAGUAUCUGAACUGCGAAAGACUUUUGCAGAUAAGCAAGAACAAGAACAAGCAAUGCUUCAGAUUUUGGUAAGAAUGGAGCAGGAGCAGAAAGUCACAGAAGAUGCACGCAUAGCUGCUGAGCGAGAUGCUGUUCAACAAAAAUAUGUUGCCCACUUGCUGCAGGAGAAGUAUGAAGCAACAAUGACAGCCCUUUCACAAAUGGAGAAGAGAGCUGUGAUGGCAGAAACAAUGUUGGAAGCUACGAAGCAGUAUCAGGCUGGGCAGGUUAAAGCUGUCCAAACCUUCGCUCCAAAGUCGCCACAUGCAGACCUUGGGAAGACAAACCAAGAACCUAAUCAAGAUACGCCUAGCAAGAAAAUGGGCUUGCUUUCUAGGGGGCUUGGAUGGCUAGAGAAGAGCAAGGGAAAGCCAAAUUCCACUGAAACGUCUGAAGGCUAAACUCCUGCGGAGCCAGGUAAAAAACCGUCAGUCCCAACGAAGAUCUUGACGGUCAUGGAUGAUUGGAUUGACCGAUCUCCAUAGCAAUUCUUCAAACCAGCUAAUUUUUGUCCAUGGGAAGAAUCAACUUGCGUUUCUGAUGGAAGUUUUGCUGUAUUUGUACUUGGUAGGUCUGAAUCGUUGCAGGACAUCCAUGUAAAUUUUCUUCUCCGAGUAGUUCGAUUAAGAUUGUCAAUACUUAGUGCUCCAUUUAGGAGAAAGAAAAAAUACACACGAAACCCCCCCAUUAUUUUUAGACUAGUUUGUGAGAUUGUCAUAGAGCUAUACUGGGGAAGAGCCUGUAUUAUUUCUCUUCUGAAAGAAUUUUGCAGCGCUGUAAAGGAAAUGUUCUUUCACUGUCUUAUUUGUUCAUUUGAUAACACUGGCUGGCUUGCAAUAGACAUAUGUUACUUGGUGUAAAGAUGAAGUAUUCAUUGAUAUUACUAGGAAUGAUCAUUCACAGUUCAGUGAAA